AUGCACGCGAGCGAACCUAUUCUGUUAUUGGUGACGAUCUAUUUGAGUGCAAUCUACGGCGUGCUCUACGGACUCUUCGAGGCCUUCCCUAUCAUCUUCAUCGAACGCCACAACCUUUCCAUCUCCCAAAACGGCCUCAUCUUCCUCAGCCUCUCAAUGGGCGCCACGCUCGGCGCCCUCCUCAAACAACUCCUGCUCAACCACCACUCCUAUUAUAUGUCGUACUACCGCGGCUUUCCGCCGCCCGAGAAACGACUCUAUGGAGCGAUGAUCGCGGGCCCGAGUUUGGUUGUGGGGAGUUUGUGGCUGGGGUGGUCAGGCCAGUAUGAGAGCGUGCCUUAG